AACAUGUAGCGGGCAGUAGAUAGUACAAAGCUAACAUCACGUCGUCAUCUUCAAGAUUAAAAUACAAGAAUUCUCGCAAUUACCAAACCGAUCCUCUUGAUCCUCGCUUUUUUUUGGUAUUUUUUUAAUAAACUGUAAAAAAAAUAAUGAAGAAUGAUACUGAGCUUGGAGGAACAUUAUAUUAGAAGGAAGAGGUGGCUGCCUUCUUCCCAGCCAGCCACACAGCUGGUUUUGAUCCAUUUUAAAUGAUAUUUUUAGGCUCUUUAUUUACUAUUUAUAAAUAUAGGGCCUAGUAAUAAAUAGUAAAUCUUAAGAUCUGAUCCUUCUUCUCAUUCUCAAAUACCACCACGGCACAAACACUCCUCCGCUUCUCAGCUCUCUCUUUCUCCCUUCUCCAUUUCCACAUUCUUCCGCUCCCGUCUCCAACCACCGACUCUACCGUUCCGGUGACUAACUCUGCUCUAACAAUAUCUCGCCGGCCGAGAUCUGUCUCUUUCUUUCUCUGAUCUGAAUACUUGAUUCGUCUAUUCAUCUUUUAUUUUAUUUUAACAGCAGUAGAGGGUGCAAUGUCGGCGGAUUUGAAUGUGAAUCAAAUAGAGGAGAAGAUAUCUGUAUUGGAUCAGCCUGAAGAAUCCGCUCGUGUUGAUUGUAAUGGGAAUGGCAAGGUUAAUGAUCAUCAUGGCCCUGAUCCUGUCUGUGCCGAAGACUCUGUGGCUGAUCAAGUUGGAGAAUUGAAGGCUGAUCGUGUCGAAUCCGAGUCCAAUACUGGGUUCCGUGACGAGGACGAUCCGAUCGAGAAAGAAGAAGAUCUUCAGGAUGCUGAGAAGGUGAGGGAGGAAAAGUUGGCGGAUAUACCAGAAGAUCAUGAUGUAGAAGGGGACAAAAAGGGGUUAAUUAAUCAUGCUGAACUCUCAAAUGCAGUGGCAGAAGCUCAGGAAUCGCACGACACAAGUGUGCAUGUUGCUGAAUCUGAGCUAAAUCAGUCAAAUAAUGAUGAGGAGAGGGUUGAGGAGGAAAGCAAAUUGAAUUCGACCAUUGACAUAAAAGAACAUGAAGAUUCUCAGGCUGUAGCUAUCAAUGGUGUUCAUAAUGAUUUGGAUUUGGAUCGGCAGAGGGACCUGGAAGAAGCUCAGGAAUUGCAAGACACUAGUGUGCAUGUUGCUGAAUCUGGGCUAAAUCGGUCAAAUAAUGAUGAGGAGAUGGUUGAGGAGGAAAGCAAAUUGAAUUCGACCAUUGAAAUAAAAGAGCAUGAAGAUUCUCAGGCUGUAGCUAUCAAUGGUGUUCAUAAUGAUUUGGAUUUGGAUCAGCAGAGGGACCUGGCAGAAUUGAUCGCCACUGAAUAUGUUUCUGAAUCUGAGCCCAGUCAGUCUAGGAAUGAUGACGAGAAGGUUGAGGAAAGCCAAUUGGUUUCUGAAGAUUCUCAGGCUGUAGUUAGCAAUGCUGCUCAUAAUAUUCUUGCCUCAGACCAUGAGAAGAAACUGAAGGAAUUGAUGAAUAAUGAUGAUGUUACUGAAUUCAAGCCAAAACAAUCUAGCAAUGACGUGGAGAAGGUAAAGGAGGAAAGCAAAUUGGACCUGGCCAUCCAUGUAGAAGAAAUUGAAGAUUCUCAGGCUGCAGUUAUCAAUGGUGUCUGUAAUAGUUUGGAUUUGAACCAGGAGAAGGAACUGCCAGAAUUAAUCAAGGAUCUUCCUCUGGAAGAUUCUGUGGAGGAGUCUGUGGAUCCCUUCAAGCAGAAUCUGGAAACAGUUCCAUGUCCAGUCAUGGCUGAUGACAAAUUGGAAGCAGAAUCUGCUGAAGGCCCUACAUCUGAUGAAAAUAGAGAUGGCUUGCCUGUUGGUCAUGCUCAAGAUACUGCUGCAGAAACUCAGGUUGUUGAUGACCUGGUUGAUGCCAAACAAAAUAUAUCUAAGAGCUCUUCUGAAAAUGUUGAACUUGUAGCAACUUCUGAUGCUGAAACUGGUCAGAGGUUUCCAAUUUCUAGUGAUAAUGGUACAGCAGGAGAUGAAACAAGUCACAUCCUCAUGGAUGCUGUGCAAUCAGAAGUGCCAGAUGCUAAUGGCCUUGAUAUUCAUGAAAAAGGAGGCUUGCUUACUAGCCAGGAAAGUGCUUCACAAACUGUUCUUGUUAAUGACUUUGUUCAUACACCCGAGCAAAACCAUACCUUAGAAAUCAGCACAGAAGUGUCCUCCCCUGCUGUUCUCGAGGAAGCACCUGUUGAAAGUAGUGAAAGUUUCCCAGUUUCUCCUAUCAAUGAUAUUGGAGCAGAACCAAUUGUCAGAAUUGAGGAUUCUUGUCCAGUAGAAGAUUCCAAGUUAUGUGAUAUUGUAAGAACAGAGACCAAGGUUGAUAACAUAGGUGAAAGUGCUGAUUCUCAUCCUGUUGAUGUUUCAAAAGUAGAGGCUGAAGUUGAGAAUGUCCUUGUUGCACCAAGUGGCCAUGCUAAUGAUGUGAAUCUAGAUAUUGGGGCUAGUUCCCAUUCCAUUGAAUCUGAUGAGAGAGUAUCUAAUUUGUCAAUCGGUAAUGUGGAUGUAGAAUCUGAAGUCACAGAAGCAGUGAACGAAGGUGAUAGCAACAGAACUUCUGUUUCCUUUGACAAUCCAGAUGGAGAAACCUUUAAAUGUGAUUCAACUGGGAAUGAAAGCUACAUGCCCAAAAAUGAAGUCCAAGCAGACUCAGAAGUUGAAAAUAUAUCAACUGCAGCAAGGGAAGAAGUGCCCAACAGAGAUGGCGUUGUGUCUCAGCUUGAGGGUGAGGUUGGUAAGAAUGAAACUCCCAAACCUACUUUGGAAGACUCUGCUGUUGUUACCUCUGAUGAGCAAUAUGUUGUUGCUGAGCUGGGGAAAGGGCCAUUCUACAUAAUUAAGGUUCCAAGAUUUGAUGAAAGAAAUUUAAGAGAGAAGGUUGAAGAUGCUAAAUUUCAAGUUGAGGAGAAGAGUAAAAUCCGGGAUGCUAUUCAAGCUCAAAUCCAAAUAAUAAAGGCCAAGCGUAAAGAGUAUGAAGAAAGCUUUUUAGAUGCCAGAUCAGAAGAGAAAGCUGCACGUGACUUGCUUAAGGCCAAGCGGAAGGAAAUAGAUUCUGUUCAAUAUAUAAUUAACAGAACGAGGAAUGUCCUUGAAAUUGAGGAAAUUGAUGGCAGGAUACGCUCUAUGGAACACAAGAUACAACAUGAAACCCUGCCUUUGAAGGAAGAAAAGCAGUUCAUUCGUGAUAUCAAGCAGUUGAAGCAGAUUCGAGAGCAGCUCUCUUCUAAUAUGGGCAGCCAGGAUGAAGUUCAGCAGGCUAUGGAUCAGAAAGAUCAAAGUGAAGAGCGCUUAAAGUCUUUGAGGAAAGAAGCAGAUGCAUUGAGAGACAGCCUUCUCAAAGCUGAAGCAGUCACUGAAGAUGCUAAGAAGAAAUAUAAUGAUGAACAUGAGAAGAUAAAUCAAUUGCUAUUUCAGCAUAGAGCUGCUAAUGAUAUACGACAAGAGGCAUUUGCACAUUUACAGAGUUUGAGGAGACAAUUAUACGAAAAGAGUAAAUUUUUUUACAAGUACAAAGAUGAUUUCACAACAGCAACUAAUUUGGCAUUGAAGGGAGAUAAAGAGGAACUUCAACGUCAUUGUGCUAACCAAGUGGAGAGAGUUAUGGAAUUAUGGAAUAACAAUGACGAGUUCCGGAAAGAGUACAUGAGUUCCAACAUGAGGAAUACAUUGAGGAGACUGCGGACAUUGGAUGGUCGUGCACUGGGCCCUGAUGAACAGCCUCCCAUUAUUCCAAAUGUUGUUAGUCAAAGAGUGACCAAACACAAUGUUGCACCAUCAGCUCCUCCUCUUGAAGUAGAAAAGCCAGUUACACCUGUGGAGACCCAAAGGAUAGAUGAAAAAUCCACAGCGAAGCUUGGGGACAAAAAGAAUCAGACUGUUAAAACUAAAAAGCAGGCAAACCCUGCUUCCUUGGAGAAUGGUUUGCCAACUGUUUCUGGCAGAGAUCAGAUUGAAGAAUCAAGAAAAGAGGAGAAUAAGCUUACAAAGGAGGAAGAAUCAAGGCAAGAGAAUAAGCUUACAAAGGAGGAAGUUGAGUUAGCCAGGAAGAUAGAGGACUUGAGGAAGGAAAAGGAAGCAGCCAUGUUAAAGGAGCAACGGAGAUUGGAGGAGAAGGCCAAAGCAAAAGAGGCAAUGGAGAGGAAAAAACGAAAUGCAGAAAAGGCCCAGGCCAGGGCUUUGCUAAGAGCGCAAAGGGAAGCUGAGCAGAAAGAGAAGGAAAAGGAGAAGAAGGCAAAGAAGAAGGAAAAAAAGAAGGCAGCAGCGGAGGAUACUAAAGAUACCGAUGAGGUUGAGUCUGUUCCUAGUUCUGAAACUCCAACUGAAACCAAUGAGUCUGAAAGGACCGAGAAGCCUCUGACUGUGGCAAAGAGGCCUCAAAAGCAAACAAAGGCAAAAUCUAUGCCUCUGCCUCUUCGCAACAAGGGUAAGAGAAAGAUGCAAACAUGGAUGUGGGCCCUUAUCACACUGCUGGCUGUUAUUGCCUUGUUUUUUAUGGGGAACAGCAGCUUCUUUAAUCUUGGGCUGCAACAAAGGUUUGGCAUCUAAAUAUAUAAUAUUGUUUUUCUUUAGAUAAUAAUCCACAUUCUACAGAGAGGUUUGGCGGGGUUUUCCUAUAGAUAUUUAAUUAAGCAAUUCUUUUGUACUCUUCCAGUGUUCUUUUCCAUCGAAGUAUGAUUUACUUACUCUCUGGGUUUUAUUUCAUACACCCCAUUAAUAGGUUGGUUUUUUCUGUUAUAUGCCAACAUUAACACAUGUUCUGGUAUUGCUUUCAUUUAUUUAGUGUGCUAUAUAUAAUACAAUAAGUUUUUUGGCCUCUCU